AUGAGCAAAGCCGUGAAAAUCAUUGCCGGCGCCGCCGCCGCUGGAGGUGCCUACUACCUUUACCAGGCCAAUGGCGACGCCCAGAAGGCCAAGCUGCUCGCCCAGCGAGACGCCAACACCGUCACCUCCAAGGCCGGCGUGACCGCCCCCAACGACCACCUCGGAGAGUACUACGGCAAGAAGCUGGACCAGAAGGUUGCCGGAGUCCGGGAGUCUGUUCAGGACAACCAGUCGCUGGUGGAGAAGCAGCUUGCCAACGCCAAGGAGAACGCCAUUGAGACUGUCAACGAGUGGGCCAAGACCACCGAUCAGUCUCUGGCCACCACCAAGGCCGACGUCAAGGCCAAGGCCAACGAGAUUUCCACCUCUGCCAACCAGGAGUGGAAGAACGUCAAGGGAAACCUGCAGAACACCAAGGAGGCCGCUCAGGACAAGAUCGACGAUGCUUCUUCUGCAAUCAAUGACCAGGCCACUGACGCCGAGAAGAAGGCAAAGAAGUCGUGGUUCGGCUUCACCAACUACGCAGAUGAGGCUAAGGAGGACGCCAAGAAGAAGGCCGGCGAGGUCUCUACUGAGGCCCAGCAGGGUCUGGCCAAUGUCAAGGAGAACAUCCAGGGCGCCCAGGAUGCGGCCCAGGACAAGAUCAACACUGCCACCAAGGCCGUUUCCGACGAGGCCGACCAGGCCAAGAAGUCCGCCAAGUCCUCGUGGUUUGGCCUCAAGGACGACGCUGCUAAGGUCAAGGAGCAGGCUGAGGACAAGGCCAACGAGCUCUCCCGAACUGUCUCCAACAAAUCUCAGGAGGCUGUUGAUGGCGCCAAGGACUCGUGGUUCUCCCUCAAGUCUUCUGCUCAGGACGCCAAGGAUGAUGCCGUGAAGAAGGCCCAGGAUGCUGGUCAGACCGUCCAGGACAAGGCCCACGAGGCCGACAAGGCUGCCAAGGACUCUUGGUUCUCUCUCAAGUCCGACGCCCAACAGGCUAAGGAUGAUGCUGUAAAGAAGGCCCAGGAAGCCGGCCAGACCGUCCAGGACAAGGCUGCCGAGGCCGACAAGGCUGCCAAGGACUCGUGGUUCUCCCUCAAGUCGUCUGCUACUGAUGCCAAGGACCAGGCUGUCGAAAAGGCCCAGGAGACCGGCCAGCACAUCCACGACAAGGCCCAGGAAGCUGAUAAGGCUGCUAAGGACUCGUGGUUCUCUUUCAAGUCCUCCGCCGCCGAUGCCAAGGACGAUGCUGUCAACAAGGCCAAUGAGGUUGGCCAGACUGUUCAGGAUAAGGCCAACGAGGCCGAUGCCGCCGCCAAGAAGUCGUGGUUCUCUCUCAAGUCCGACGCGCAAAAGGCCAAGGACGAUGCAGUGGACAAGGCCAACGAGGUUGGCCAGACUGUUCAGGACAAGGCUGCCGAGGCUGACAAGGCCGCCAAGGAUAACUGGAACUCGCUCAAGAAGGAUGCUUCUAAGGCCCAGGACGACGCGUACGAGACCUACAAGGGCUACUCUGACGCUGCUGUCAAGAAGGGUAAGGACCUGGACACCCAGGCCCGACAGUACUGGGAAUCUCUCAAGGCCGACGUGGAGAAGGCUUCUAAUGACGCCUCCAAGAAGGUUGACCAAUUGACCCAGGACGCGUCCGACCAGGCCAAGUCGCUCGAUAAGUCUGCCAAGAAGGGAUGGUUCUCUUUCAAGUCCGACACCGAGAAGGCCGUCGACGACUCGCAGAAGUGGCUCGAGGGUGCUUCUGAGUCGGCCAUCCAGAAGGGCAAGGAGCUCGAUGCUGAAGCUCAGACUUACUGGGACUCUCUCAAGAAGGAUGCCGAGAAGGCCUGGAACGAUGCCGAAGCCAAGGCAAAUGAGCUGGGCCAGACUCUGUCCAACAAGUCCGAGGAGUUUGACAAGGCUGCCAACGAGACCUGGAACAACCUCAAGUCGUCUGUCAACGAGUUCCAGUCCCAGGGCGAGCAGUUUGCCAAGGACGUUGACAACGCUGCUGCCGAAAAGUGGAGUGACGCCAAGGACAAGGGCUCCGAUCUCCGAGCCGACGCUAACAAGAAGUGGAACCAGGCUAUGGAUAAGACCGCCGAGACUGCCAAGGAGAACAAGGGACUGGUCAACUCCGUCUUUGGAAAGUAA